UUACAGGAAGACACCUACUGUAAGUUUUCAGGGAUAGAGAGAGGGACAGGUAGCGGACAGGUAACGGACAGGGACAGGGGUGUCAUGGCGGACUCGCAGCUCCUCUGUAUAGAUGAUGAACACGUGAACGUGAAGAUUCCCGAGUCGAAGCCGGAGUUUUAUUAUAGUGAGGAGCAGCGCGCGGCGCUCGAGCAUCUGCUCCGGGACGGGGACGGAGCCUUCAAGCUGCGGCUCCGCGAGGACAACACCAAAGACUUCCUGUCGGCGCGUGAGGUGAAAUGGAUUCGCGACACGUUCCGGGAAUACGAGGAUCCCGAUCACGAGCCCGACGAUCUGCGGCCGGAGCCGCGCGCGCCACGCUCACCCGGGAGCUCGGACUCGGGAGUUCACUCCACCUACUGGCCCACACUGUCAGACACCCAGGCGCCGGCGCUCGAGCUCGGCUGGCCAACGGGCGGCUUUUACCGGGGAGUCACGCGCGUGUCGGUUUACACUCAUCCACCCAAAGAGAACAGCCCUCACAUCAAAGAGGUGGUGAGGAGACUGAUACAGGACGCGCACAAGACCAUAGCCGUUGUCAUGGACCUUCUCACAGACCUCCUCAUCCUGCAGGAUCUUCUGGACGCAGCGAGUAAGCGUGGUGUUGCUGUGUACCUGCUGCUGGAUGAGAGCGGUCUUCCUCACUUCCUGGAUAUGUGCAACCGCCUCCAGAUUUCCGCUCAACACCUCCGAAACAUGCGUGUGAGGAUGGUGAGAGGAUGUGGUCUGGCGCUCUCCUUUGGAAAACUGCCGGGAUCGAUGUGCUCCAAGUACAUGCUGGUGGACGGAGAGAAAAUCAUGUUUGGAUCCUACAGUUUCACCUGGACCUCUUCUCGGAUGAACCGGAACGUCAUCACCGUCAUGUCCGGUCACGUGGUCGACUUCUUCGAUACCGAUUUCCGCGAGCUCUACGCCGUGUCUGACAAAGUGGACCUGUACCACGAGUUCCACGUACCCAAACCCCACAAACAUACAUUGCCUGUGCCACUCCUGAAAGCUCCGCCCACUGCCACCCAGCCCGCUGUGUCCGCAUCCACCUCCCGCUUUCAGGUGUCUCUGGGAGAAUCCAAACAGGUCAAUCUCAAAGUUCCUGCUCACAAAUAUCACAAUCCCAAAUACGCCCUGGUGGUGGGAAACAGUUUAGGCAUCUCCGGGUCGCUGCAGGAUCUGACCAAGCUCAGGGAAUAUGCUGGAAACAGCUCGGAGAGCAACAUGGAGAAGUUACUCCACACCAGCAGGGGUGCAAACGAGCCACCAGACAGAACGUCUCAUAAGGAGAUGAGCGAAAGUACAGAAGAUGUAAAUAAAUCUCCAUUGUUUGGUUCAAAAAAGCAGCGCAGUUCCUUCAGGCUGUUCCUUAAAGGCAGAUCGCCCAAUCAGAGUCCAGAUUUAAAGACAGCUAAUCGUAAUACAGCAGAGGUGAAAGCAGCCAAUCACAGCCAAGUACUGACUUUAAAAGACUCAUCAAAGCCUGUCAAUCACAUCACAGACACAUCAAAGCCUGUCAGUAACAUCAGAGACACAUCAAAUUUGGCCAAUCACAUCAAAGACACAUCAAUGCUGACCAAUUACACAAAGGAGUCACCAAUGAUGGCUAAUCACGUGAAGGAGUUGCACCCUGAGAGCUCACAGAUCCCCAACGGCAAACCCCCCCUGCCAAAAGCCGAGAGUGCGGUGAUAGACGAACUGGACGAUUCGUUCGUGAUCAUAGAAAAACCAAAUGUGAUGAAAUUUAAAAGCAAAAAAUCUUCCAAACUGCCACAGAGGAGCGUCUCCAUGCAGGUCAUCAGCACAGGAGGUGAAGAAGGCUCCAAAGGACAAAAACGGAACCAGAAGAAGUCGUGCAUCCAGUCGUGAGAUCUGCAGCUACAGGAGAAGACAGGAACAUCACACCUGUAGAACAUGGACACAAACACAUCCUGAUAUAAAUGUAAUGUGAAAUGAAAUACACUUUAUUCUGUCCGAAGGGGAAAAUUGUGUUGGACUCAAAAUGUUCACAAAAACAAAACAAACAAAAGCAUUUAAUCCUUAAACAUCAAACACACAGAAUAGUGUAGAGUGUGAGACACGCCGCAGAGCAGAAGGUUCCAGACUGAUGAGUGUGUGUGUGUGUGUGUGUGUGUGUGUGUGUGUGUGUGUGUGUAAAUGUAACAGAAGAUCAGUCGGCUCAUCAGAGACGAAGCUUCACAUUAGAGAUGUGAGAAAAAGUGUUGAAGUAAAUUGAGGAAAAAGUGGAGAUCAUUAGCAUGAUGAUGGUCAUGUGACACUUUAUGAGAGCGUGUGUGUGUGUGUGUGUGUGUGUGUGUGUGUGUGUGUGUUGAUGCACUGGAUAGACUUCAAGUAAUGUACAUUUUUAACUCAUUUUUAGCGACUGCAGUAUAAAUGAUCAGUAGCACGAUGCACAUGUUUUUAUGUUCUUCACUACGUUUAAGACGAAUUUAAUAAAAAUAUAAAAUCAGAUCAAAAUUUGUAUUAAAUAUCUAAAAGUUCUGUUGUAUUUAAGGGACGUGGACAUUCUUUGUUCUGCCUUCAGAAUACGUCCUGUAGGUGUGACUCA